GCUUGACAAUAAAUUAUUCUGGAAGUAAAAGAUAUAAAUAAACAUGAUGAGGAAAAGUGCGUGCCUUGAUUUUAAAAAAAAAUAUAUAUAUUUAAUUGAUUGGGCGGAAAUUAUUGAUAUCAAAUUCCUGAAAUAGUGUUCUUCAUUAAUAUUAUAAAAAUAAAAGUAGGUAUAUCUACUUAUGAUCAUUAUGCAACACUAGCUCAUUUCCUUCCUCAACUUUGUGUGCAUUUCUUCAUUUUUUUUUUUCAUUACCACUGAUGACAUUACUUGUAGUCAUCUAACAUUGUAUGGUGCACACAUGUCUUUCCUUUAGUGUCUUAAACAGGAAUGAUUAGAUUUUUGCAAAAUACAUAUGCAUUAUAAAUUGUAAACAGCAUGCCAAGUAGUUGCGGACGCAGUGAAAGCACAAAUGUGAUUUUUUCUUAUUUAUAAAUAACAAAUUCACAUGACAAUCUCGGUUUAGUCGGUUUUAAAAUCAAUUGGCAAUAACAUUCGGUUUAUUGAGCAUUAAUCGCAUCAUCAAUUUCAUUCAUUCAUUCGUACGGACUGAAAAAAGUAUGUUUAAAAAGCACAUAUUAUGGAUUAUGCUGUUUCAUUGUUCUCAACAAAUAAGUUCUGACGAUGAGUCUGAUAAGACAAAACGCGAAGUGUGGUCUGGUGGACGAUUUAAUACAUUUAGUGCUGAUAAGAAUGACAAGUCAAUGUCGCCAUUCUCACAAGUUUUUUCAGCCAUUGAAAGUUUAGGAUUAAAAUUUAAUGGAGAUGUUAAAUCAACGGUCGAAUUUUGGCCACCGGAUAUGGAUCGAGAUAAGUUUUAUAAAAUGAGGGAAGAAGAAUCUGCAUUUCCAUUUGCAUCGUGGUUUAAUUUUAAGCCGUUAGUGAAAGAAACAAAAGAGCCUGAAAUUUCAUAUCCAAUUAUUGUUAAUGACUAUGCUGAAAGUACGGUUAAACAAUUAAAUAAUGAUAAUUAUAGCACUAAGAGCUUAAAGGAUUAUACAACUAAGCCUGACGUUAUCAGGAAUCCACAAAAAUAUUUUAAACAUGAACAUUAUACUGUUAAACCUGAGAUUCAUGACAUUGAAUUUGAUCACAACUAUUUUUUAAGCACUGCUAAGCCUGAAGUCAUUGAUAAUGUCAAGUAUUAUAAAAGUACUAUAAAGAGACCUGAGCUGGGUUAUGAAAAGAAUAAUUUUAAAAGUGAAGUUAUUUAUGAAAGUAGCUAUGUUAAAAGUACUGAAAAGCCGUUUAUUAGCAGUGUUGUAGAAUAUGAAAAUGCUGUAGUAAGUCCAACACCGUUGAAUGAUUAUUCGCCAACGGAGCAGACAGUUAAUACCGACGAUGUAAUAAUAAAUAACACUGGACCAGUAAUGUUUCCAAAUAUCGGAUUGACAGAGAAGAGGACACAUGAGUUUAUUACUUUUGUCCCAACAACAGCCACAAGUCCGCGAGCUAAUAAAAAGCGGAAAUUAAAAAAGAAAGUAAAAACUUCUUCUAUUACACAAUUGAGUCAGGAAAAGCAUAAUAUCAUUCAAGCCCCACCAACAGCAUUGGCAUUUGAUGUAAUUGCAGAAACUAGUUCCGAAUAUACGCCAAUAAAAGAAAUCAUUGACAAUGAUUCUGUGCAUUAUACUGAUAUAAUAAAUAACUUGUCGAAUUUAACUGAAUUAUCAUUUAGUUCUUUUAAUGGCACUGGAAAUAAUCCUCAAUUUACACAGCAAUCUGAUCAUCAAAAAUCUAUUAAAAAUAUUAUUUAUAGCAGUAAAAUUAAUCAUUCGACGACUCCGUAUACAUUUAUAAUUAAAGUUGAGCCUGAAACUCAAGAUGAUGAUAUUAAAAUGUUAAGUAGCACUACGGAGAUUCCAGUAGUGACAUUGUCAUCAUCACGUCCGAUUGAUAUGAAAAAGUUGGAAUUGCCAAAGGAUUCCUUAAAAGCAGCUGAGAAGAAAAUAAAGGAGACCGUGAAUAAUGACAUGUCAAAUUUUAAGAUUAUUGUUGAAAGCAGUAGUCCAAUGAGCACGAUCUCAAAUAGCAUAGAUGAAAAGUAUUUUACGACUACUGUAUCGACUGCAAAAAAUCUUAAUCGUUCCAGAUUUGGCAUUAGAAAUUUCAAACCUAGAGUUCAGUCACAAGCUGUGAGGAAUGUAACAUCCUCAACAGCUGCAUCUGUAGCCAGUACGACUGUAAAGAGUAUAUCGAAGAGAAUUAGAUCAUCCAUAAGUACCCGACAUCAAGUGUCAACAUCGUCAGAAAAACCUAUAAAUGAUUCCAUGAUGAAUGUCAAAUCGACUGCAAAAUAUUAUACUCCAAAGUCAAGAACCCGUCAUCAAAAUAGCAGAAUUAAGCAGAGUACGACCAAGUCGUCAUCAUUAGCAACGAAAUUAACAACAUUUAGGACUAAAAUUCGCAGAACUACUAAAAAAUAAUCAGUUUUUUUGCUUUAAUUAACGAUUUUUUAUGUGCAAUAUUAACUUAUGUUUUGUAUGUUAUGUAUUUUUAAAAUAAAACGUCUCAUGUAAUGACCAGAUUUACUUCUAUUUUUUUCUUGACUGUAUUAGUGCAGUCUUUGUCUACAAAUACACUCACAUUUUUUCAUACUAUUUUAAUUACAGCAUACGAUAUCCAAUCUUUAACUUGAGCAUUUUAAAAUUUUAUUAAAUGAUUUCAAGUCCUGAUUUAAUUGUUUUUAUUGAUAUUUUACACAGUUUUCAGGCAAUUAUUAUCGAUUUAAACAUUUUUUUUCCUUAAAUGCUACACUCAUUUUUUCAUUCGAUGAUUUAUCCUUUAAAACUCAACUUACCACUCUCGAUUUAAUGCUUUAUCC